ACAACAUCGCAGGGGGUAACUUCAGUUUCUUCACUUCACUGACGGAAGGAAGACCGAGAGCCGUGUUUAAAAGAUAUCGCUAAGCAACGCAUGCCCUUGUUAAAAAACAAAAUCUCUAUCGUCAUUUUCUCACUCCAAAGACAAUGUUCACUUUGAGUUUUUCCAAUUUGUUUUGAGGCGACAAAAAAAAACGCGGCUUAAAGUAGCAGGCUUCUGCUUUUUGGGAAUGCUUCAGUCUGCCAGGAAAGAGCUGAGAGUGACGGUCCUUUCUGUUGAUCCACAUCUGAAGACAUGUUGCACUGGACUCUGUGUGACUGUAAGGUGCUGUUGCUGAUUGUUCUACUGUGGGACUGCCUCUGUGCUCUGGGACUGAAACCCACAAGAUGGCCGCUGUAUUCCCAAAAGCCUUUGCUCCUUGCUUGGAAUGCCCCGACUGAGGACUGUGCCCCAAGGCAUGGCAUUCAUUUUCAGCUCGACCAAUUCCAGAUCGUGGCCUCACCCAAUGAGGCCUUUGUCAAGCAGAACCUCACCAUCUUCUAUAAGGACCGCCUGGGCUUGUACCCCUACUUUGAGCAAGAUGAAACACCAGUGAACGGGGGACUGCCACAGGUGGCCAGCCUCUCACAGCACCUGGCGAAGAUGCCGGAGAGUGUGCGGAAGUAUAUACGUGAAUCAGGGGCCAAGGGCCUGGCAGUUAUUGACUGGGAGGAGUGGCGCCCACUCUGGAUACGUAACUGGGAAAACAAAGAUGUUUACCGCAGACAUUCUCGUGAGUUGGUGCGCCAGAAGAACCCAACAUGGUCUCCAGAGCAGGUGGGAAAAGUAGCCCAGCAGGAGUUUGAGAUGUCCGCUAGAAAGUUCAUGCUCGGGACUCUCAAGCAAGCCAAGAACCUGAUGCCCAACCAGUUGUGGGGGUUCUACCUGUUCCCUGACUGCUACAACCACGACUACAGGCGCACUCUGGAGAACUACACAGGGCGCUGUCCUGAUGUGGAGGUGGCUCGCAACGAGCAGCUGAAAUGGUUGUGGACUGAGAGCACGGCCCUCUUUCCCUCCAUCUACAUGGGCACUGUGCUGCGCUCCUCGGCAUCCGGACGGCAGUUCGUCCGGAACCGAGUGAAGGAGGGGAUGCGUUUGGCAUCAUCAGGCGAUGGGUUGGCACGUCCUGUCUUUGUGUACACCCGGCCCACCUACGCCAACUCCAUGGAACAGCUGACUGAGACUGACCUUGUCUCCACCAUCGGGGAGAGUGUGGCUUUGGGAGCAGCUGGAAUCAUCCUGUGGGGAGAGGCAGGCUAUGCAAGCAGCAAAAACAGCUGUUCCGACCUCGCUGCGUAUCUACAGGGUCCGCUGAGUAAAUACCUCUUCAACGUCUCCACGGCAGCAGAGCAAUGCAGCAAGACCUUGUGUGGUUCUCACGGCCGCUGUCUGCGCAAAAAUCCAGACAGUGAUGUUUACUUGCAUCUGAACUCCGGAUCCCACAGUAUCACCAGGGUGGAAGGCAAGCUGACAGUCACCGGUGAAGCGGCGACGACGAGUUUUCAAACUGAUUUUCAGUGCCAGUGCUACAGCGGCUAUCAGGGAGAGGGCUGCGAUCAGACGGACCCUCUACACCAGAGAGGGACGGCCACUCAAUCUAUGGCAUCAGCACUGCAAUGUGUGAUCUUACUGAUUAUCUCUCUGAUCCUCUGCUAAUACACCAUGAAUACAGUAGGCACAGCUGCAUUUUGUAUGUCAAAGUAUAGGAGCAUACAAGAUGACAGGUUGAGAGUUUUUGGGAGUGAGUUGCUGUAAAAUGAUGAUGGCACAAAGUGAAAUUUUAUAAGAAACACUGUGGAAUUUGCAAAGUUAUAUUUGUUUAUUACUAUUAAUCCUUUUUUUUUUUUUUUUUUAAACAACGGAGGGCUCCCUGGAAAUGACCAUGUUUACAUUUUGCUCUCGGUUUCCUCUCAGUCACUGUUUCCCAAGGUGUCAAAUUCCAUGUUUCUCAUAGAGAGCACGUUUUUUUGGAGGAAAUGUGAUGAAUGAGUUGACGUAUGUCAGUCGCUGUGUGGUGAAAGUGGAAUUGAUGCACUUAAAUCUGGUAAUAGCACAAUAUAUUUGAAGUGCCUGAUCUUUUUUUAACAUGACCUCUCAUCAUCUUUUUAUGGAGGCAGUAAAAGUGUUACUAUUUAUUUGAAUGUAUUUUUAGGUGUUUUAUAUGAUAUUUUAUUGUUUUUAUGUCCAAAACAUGACUACUAGUUUUCUCUUAAAAUGCAUUCAUUACUCCAUUUAUGCCAAAAAUUACAGUCUGCAGCUAUUUGACUUCAGAAGCACAAACAUUGUACACACAAUAUAAAGAGCAAAUUUUGACACUUUGUAUGUUCCACAGUUUUACUGACAUUAUUACCCCUGUCUCCAUGCUGUUUUCUCAAAUUUUGAGUUUUUGUCCAAGUAAAUAAACCUCUUUGUUGAA